AUGGGUAUAUGGAAUAAAACCCAGGGUAAAUCCCCAAACACCCUUGAUAAAACCCAGGGCAAAUCCCCAUACACCUUUGAUAAAUCCCAGGGUAAAUGCCCAUACACCUUUGAUAAAACCCAGGGUAAAUGCCCAUACACCUUUGGUAAAACCCAGGGCAAAUCCCCAUACACCUUUGAUAAAUCCCAGGGUAAAUCCCCAUACACCUUUGAUAAAACCCAGGGUAAAUGCCCAUACACCUUUGAUAAAACCCAGGGUAAAUGCCCAUACACCUUUGAUAAAACCCAGGGUAAAUGCCUAUACACCCUUGAUAAAACCCAGGGUAAAUGCCCAUACACCUUUGAUAAAACCCAGGGUAAAUGCCCAUACACCUUUGAUAAAACCCAGGGUAAAUGCCUAUACACCCUUGAUAAAACCCAGGGUAAAUGCCCAAACACCCUUGAUAAAACCCAGGGUAAAUCCUCGUACACCCUUGAUAAAACCCAGGGUAAAUCCCUGUACACCCUUGAUAAAACUCAGGGUAAAUGCCCAAAAGCCCUUGAUAAAACCCAGGGUAAAUCCCUGCACACCCUUGAUAAAACCCAGGGUAAAUCCCCAUACAACCUUGAUAAAACCCAGGUAAAUCCCUGUACACCCUUAAUAAAACUCAGGGUAAAUCCCCAAACACCCUUGAUUGAACGUGGAUAA